UAUUUUUAUUUAUUUUCCUUUCCCCAGUCAGUCAAUACAUAAAUGAUUCCAUCAAUAUUUCAACAUUUAUUUCAACAAUUUAAUUCUUUUUUAUUUUUUAUUUUCCCAUUUUUCCAUUUAUUUUUUCCUUUUUCUUCUUCGCAAGGAUUGAAUGAUCCAAGUUCUCAUUAUGUUGAAGGAAGAUUAGGGGGAAGGAGGAUUUGGUGGUGCCCCUCUGGUUAUGGCUAUUUAGCUUAUUGUCCCCAACCUACAGAUUGGGAUAAUUAUAAUUGGUGUUGUACUUUCCCUUAUAUGGGCUCUUGGCAAGUUUUCUUUGUGAAACCCUCUUGUUGCCCUUUUGCAAUACCUACAGGCGCUGUUAUUACUUUAAUUAUUGCCUCUAUUGUUUUAGUUGCAGUUCUUGUUGGCUUUUCCUGUUGGUGUUGUUAUUUCUGCCCUUUAUACAAACAAUUAUAUGAAAAUGAGGAUGAUGAAAUUGGACAAGAACAACCAAUAUAUUCUACACAACAAAGACAACAACAACAAUUUGAAGAAUAAAUUUGUAAAAUUAAUCUUUAAAA